AUGGCUACCGGCGCGAAGUUUGCCGACGUAAACAACCCGCGACCGGUGCUCAAAGUGGGCGAACCGGGUGAGCAAGGGUUGGCCGAGUUGAGCGAGUUGAUGGUGACCACCCAGGGUCCGGUGCCCGGCGCUAUACUGUUGCAGAUUAACCUACACGAGCCGGCGGGAGCGAAAGGGGCCGUAGGCCUGUGGGACGUGCACUUCCGUGUGGGCGGCGCUACGGGUACUAAAUUGCAGUCAGACCUGUGCCCCAGAGGGGGCGCGUUCAAGCCCGAGUGCCAAGGUGCUUUUAUGAUGCUACACAUCGCACCUACGGGUAGUGCACUCAUUGAUAACAUGUGGGCCUGGGUGGCCGAUCAUGAUCUGGAUGGGCCCAAACAGAUUAGCGUAUAUAACGGUAGAGGUGUUCACAUCGAGAGCAAAGAGGGCCCGGUAUGGAUGUAUGGGUCGUCGUCGGAGCACUCGGUGUUUUAUCAGUACAACAUAGCUAAUGCUAAAAAUGUUAUGAUGGGUAUGAUUCAGACCGAGACCCCCUACUAUCAGGCAUACCCGCCGGCGCCCGAGCCUUAUAAACCGCAGCCCAAGUGGUCGGACCCGGACUUUAGCAACUGUCCCAAAGGGUCGCUGACCUGUCCCAUGGCGUGGGGUUUACGUGUGGUUAACUCAGAGCACGUGUAUGUCUAUGGGGCCGGACUUUAUAGCUUUUUCCAGAACUAUGGCCAGACAUGUCUGGACACCGAGUCGUGUCAGGACAGUAUGGUAUCCAUCGAGAAGUCGCCCAAAAAUGUGUUUAUCUAUAAUUUGAAUACAAAAGCGUCGGUGAAUAUGGUUGUAGUGGACGGACAGUCGCGUAUCAAACAGGCGGACAAUAGAGCCGUAUUUUGUUCAACUGUCGGCGCAUUUCAACUAUAA